CGUAGAUAAAAAAAAAUGUAAUCAAAUGCUGAUAAAAACACAUCGAAAUAUAAGGAGACAAAGAUUCCUCCGUAAGUCAUUUCCGAAACAUGUUGAAAACGUGUUGGCUCCUUUCCCUCUUUCUGUUGGCCUCUGGCCAAGAGACCUGCGACUUCGCGUGUCCUGACCACAUCGACCUCGUGUGCGGAUCCGAUGGCGUGACUUAUCCGAAUCUCUGCGUUCUGGAAUUGGCUGACUGUUUGAGCGACGAAGACAUUACCUUGGCACAUCCGGGACCGUGCGAGACCAAACAAGAAUCAUGUGACAUGCUGUGUUACACUAACUACGACCCCGUUUGUGGCUCCGACGGCGUCACGUAUUCCAACCUGUGUAAUCUGGAGGUGGCCGAUUGUCUCAGUGAUGGGGAUAUUACGCUGGCAUACCCCGGAGAGUGCAUAGUGACCCCGGGAGACUGUAACCUUGGAUGCCCCGGGAACUAUGACCCAGUGUGCGGGUCAGACGGGGUCACGUAUCCCAACAUGUGUGUCUUAGAGGCAGUUGACUGUCUCAGUGAUGAAGAUAUUACGUUGGCCUACGAAGGAGAGUGCAAAGGCAGAGUGACGGAGCCCUGUGGUUACGGAUGCCCUGAGGACUACGACCCCGUGUGCGGCUCCGACGGCGUCACGUACUCCAACCUGUGCGAACUGGAGCGAGAGAACUGCAAGACGGACGAGGAAAUCACUGUGGCCUACGGAGGUGCGUGCAGAGAGCCCUUGAAAGGAGACUGUGACUUCCCUUGCCCUGACAACUACGACCCCGUCUGCGGCUCCGACGGCGUCACGUACUCCAACCUGUGCGAGCUGGAGCGAGCGAACUGCCAGAGUGACGAGGAAAUCACUGUGGCCUACGAAGGAGAGUGCAAAGGCAGAGUGACGGAGUCCUGUGAUUACGGAUGCCCUGACAACUACGACCCCGUGUGCGGCUCCAACGGUGUCACCUACUCCAACCUGUGCGAACUGGAGCGAGCGAACUGCCAGAGUGACGAGGAAAUCACUGUGGCCUACGAAGGAGAGUGCAAAGGCAGAGUGACGGAAUCCUGUGAUUACGGAUGCCCUGACAACUACGACCCCGUAUGCGGCUCCAACGGCGUCACUUACUCCAACCUGUGCGAACUGGAGCGAGCGAACUGCCAGAGUGACGAGGAAAUCACUGUGGCCUACGAAGGAGAGUGCAAAGGCAGAGUGACGGAGUCCUGUGAUUACGGAUGCCCUGACAACUACGACCCCGUAUGCGGCUCCAACGGUGUCACGUACUCCAACCUGUGCGAGCUGGAGCGAGCGAACUGCAAGAGUGACGAGGAAAUCACUGUGGCCUACGAAGGAGAGUGUAAAGGCAGAGUGACGGAGCCCUGUGGUUACGGAUGCCCUGACAACUAUGACCCCGUAUGCGGCUCCAACGGUGUCACGUACUCCAACCUGUGCGAGCUGGAGCGAGCGAACUGCAAGAGUGACGAGGAAAUCACUGUGGCCUACGAAGGAGAGUGCAAAGGCAGGGUGACGGAGUCCUGUGAUUACGGAUGCCCUGAAAACUACGACCCCGUGUGCGGCUCCGACGGCGUCACGUACUCCAACCUGUGCGAACUGGAGCGAGCGAACUGCCAGAGUGACGAGGAAAUCACUGUGGCUUACUCAGGCGAGUGUAAAUCCUGUGACUUCGGCUGCAGUGGCUUGUGGGACCCUGUGUGUGGCAGCGACGGCGUGACUUACUCUAACCCAUGUCAACUCGAGAUUGCCAGUUGCCUUAAUGGAGGAGAUAUUAGCCUGGCGUACCCAGGAGAAUGCAAGGCGAGGGACGGUCCCUGCGACAUCGUCUGCACUGCCAACUAUGACCCCGUGUGCGGCUCUGAUGGCAACACGUAUGGCAACGCGUGUGAACUUGAAGUUGCAAAUUGCAUGAGCGAUGACGAUAUCACUCUCGCGUACCCAGGAGAAUGCAAGGCGAGGGACGGUCCCUGCGACAUCGCCUGCACUGCCAACUAUGACCCCGUGUGCGGCUCUGAUGGCAACACGUAUGGCAACGCGUGUGAGCUUGAAGUUGCAGAUUGCAUGAGCGAUGAAGAUAUUACUCUCGCGUACCCAGGAGAGUGCAAGGCGAGGGACGGUCCCUGCGACAUCGUCUGCACUGCCAACUAUGACCCCGUGUGCGGCUCUGAUGGCAACACGUAUGGCAACGCGUGUGAGCUUGAAGUUGCAGAUUGCAUGAGCGAUGAAGAUAUUACUCUGGCACACUCAGGUCCUUGUUAAUAUAUGAAAAAAGGGGAGCAUCUGUAACACGUUUUCAUUUAAAAAAUAAUCGGAAAGUAAAAUUUUACUACAUUUUCAUUUUCAUUUAAUUUCGUUUCAAAAUCAACCGUAUCUCUGGCAUUUUCGAGAUUUAUGUGUUAAAAAAUUCAAGAGAAUGUAUUUGUAAAAUUCGGAAUAAAAAAUGACUGGAUUA